AUGUUUCGACGUUUUGGACAGUCUGUCCUGCUAAGCAAUGGACGCCGGACGUUCUCCCAGUCGGCGGCUCGUAGAAGUUACGAAGACACCGCGAAGAACCUCCUCAUCAACAAGGAUACCAAGGUCCUGUGUCAGGGCUUCACCGGAAAGACCGGUACUUUCCACGUAACGGAAGCAUUGGCGUAUGGCACCAAAAUGGUGGGAGGUGUGUCCCCAAAGAAGGCUGGCCAAACCCACCUUGGCUUGCCUGUCUUUGGCAGCGUGAAGGAGGCAGUCAGAGAGACCCAUCCGGACGCUACUGUCCUCUACGUUCCCCCACCCACCGCUGCCGACGCUAUCAUUGAGGCUAUUGAGAACGAAAUUGGCUUGAUUGUCUGUAUCACAGAGGGUAUCCCUCAGGCCGAUGAAAUCAAGGUCAUGAAUGCGCUCAAAAGCCAGUCAAAAUCCCGUCUUGUGGGUCCCAAUUGCCCUGGAGUUAUUAACCCUCUUGGUUGCAAGAUGGGUAUCCAGCCUGGCCAUAUUCACACACCUGGAAAAAUUGGUAUCGUCUCCCGCUCUGGAACGCUGACAUACGAAGCCGUCGCACAAACCACUGAUGUUGGCUUGGGCCAGACAUUAUGUGUUGGCAUUGGUGGAGACCCAUUCCCUGGCACACAACACGUUGACGUGAUCAAGGUCUUCCUCGACGACCCUCUAACAGAAGGUAUUGUCAUCAUUGGUGAGAUCGGUGGUUCCAUGGAGGAGGAAGCCGCAGAAUACCUCGAGAAAUACAACAAGACCCGUGCAGUUCCUAAACCAGUCGUGGGCUUCAUUGCGGGACGUACCGCUCCUCCCGGCCGUCGCAUGGGCCACGCUGGUGCCAUCAUUUCGGGCGGAAAAGGUGCCGCAUCCGACAAGGUCGCUGCUCUCACCAAGGCAGGCGCCAUUGUUACCGAUAGUCCCGCUAAAAUUGGAGCAGAAAUGUUGAAGGCCAUGAAAGCUGCAGGAUUGGUGUAG